AUGGCCGGUGGCAAGGCGACGUACUACGCGGUGCUGGGCGUGGCGCGGGACGCGUCCGCCACCGAGAUCCGCUCGGCGUGGCGCAGGCUGUCGCUGGAGCGAGCCCUGGCCAGGUACCUGGAGAUCCAGGAGGCCUACAAGGUGCUCUCCGACCGGGAAAGGAAGGCCAUGUAUGACGCGGGGCUCCGCAUGCAGAUGCAGUUCGACGCUGCCACCCAAAACGGCGCUGAUAAGGAGGGUCGUGGCCCCAACAACAUGGACGAGCUGACGGCCAUGAUGGACAGGAUGAAGACCGACAGCGAGGAGUCCGAUGGCGAGCCUCGCCCGGCUGCGGCGGGAGGAGCAGGGAGGCCAGGGAAGAAGGGCAGCUCCUCCCCCUCGUCGCCGGCUACGGUGCGGAUCGACCUGUCCGUCAAGUUCACCCCCGCGGCGGGGACCAGCCGCGGCGGCGGCCCCUCGGGCCCGCGCCGCCCUGCCCGCCCGCGCAAGACGAUGCUGGACCCUGUCCUUGGGCGCAAGCUGCGGUGGCGCAAAGACUAG